GAUGCAAGCUUUCCUAGUGUCCCUCUUUGACAUUGUUCAGUCUCCCUCUCAUCAAGCUUGUUCGCGUCUGAUACAUUGUCGAUCGUUUCGCUUCCUGAUCUGCUUGGGGCGGUUGUAUUCUGCCUCUCAUCGCGUCCGCCUGCCGCACGGCCACUUCCCGCCGUUUCACUCCCCCCCACACGCAGCGGACAUCUACACCCACCCGACGUCGGGCAUUUAACUCGGGGUAAAGUCGAGACAGACAAAGGGCAACAAUGGCCCCAAAAUACGCGCUAUCGGAGUCUGAGUCCGAGUCCGAGUCGGCAGCCGGCCGUCCAGACAUUCCGUCCGAUGACGCGCUGGAACAAGCUUUACGCGACACCGUCGCCGAGAUCCACAAAUCGGGCAAGUUGGAGGAAUUGACGGUCAAGCGUGUGCGUCUCGCGGCAGAAAAGGCGCUCAAGCUCGACGAAGGAUUCUUCAAGACACAAGGUGAUUGGAAAGCCCGAAGUGAAGAGGUCAUUCGCGAUCAAGUGGAGGUCGAGGAGAAAGCCGCCGAACAAUCGACCCCAAAAAAGAACGAUAGCGACUCUGAAAGUGAACUGUCCUCGGAAGACGCGAAGCCCGCCAAGAGAACGAAAUCGGCCCGCACCGCCGCACCGCGCAAACGCCAGAAAACCAGUCCUUCGGAAACCGAUGAAAAUGAUAGUUCGAACAUCGAGGAUGAGUACCAGGAUGAUGAAGUAAAGCCCUCCACGAAAAGGCAAACAAAGACCACCAACAAGAAAAAGACCAAGCCCAGCGAAGAGCCAGCCCCCGAUGACUCUACUGACGCCGCCAAUGGGAAAGAAGAUCAGUCAGAAGAUAAAGUCGAUACCGAAAGUGAAAUGUCGGUAGUUCUUGAUGAGGAGCCGAAACCCGUUCGCAAGCGACAGAAGAGCGCCGAGACAUCCUCACGAAAAGGGAAGAAAGCGGCUCCGGCCAAGGGCAAAGAUGCGGAUCAGGACCCCAAUCAGGCGGAGAUCAAACGGCUGCAGGGUUGGCUGAUUAAAUGCGGGAUUCGCAAGAUGUGGGCGAGGGAGCUGGCUCCUUUCGACACCCCCAAAGCCAAGAUCAAACACCUCAAGGAUAUGUUGAAGGAGGCCGGCAUGGAAGGGCGGUACUCGGUGGAGAAAGCGAACCGCAUCCGUGAGGAGCGUGAGCUCAAGGCCGACCUCGAGCUGGUGCAGGAAGGAGCCAAGCGAUGGGGGAAGGAGGCUGGGAGCGACGAUAGUGAAGACAGUCGGCCUAGACGGAGAUUGAACCGGGGACGUCGAGGCCUGGCCUUCUUGGAAGAUGAGGAUGGUGAGGAGACGGACUGAUGGUGUUGCAUGAGUGUUGCUGGCUUGUGCAAGCAAUUAUAUCCGGGGCAGGCUCUGGAUUAUCAAGUUGUUCAAAGAGUAUGAGUUGUACGAGAUACCACUGGCAUUUCCUUUUUCCUUUGCGUUCAUUGUUCAUUUUCCCGACUUCGUUCCGCCCAUUCGUUGAGCCACCAAGCUGAAGACAGCGACCGAGGAGAU